AUGACGAGCGCAUCAGGUCUACAUAUUCUCUCUGACUCUCGCGCCCCAGGCGGGAGCACGGAUUACACUACCCUCGUACUGUUACAUGGCAACACGAUCCAUGGCGGGACAUUCGUCCGCCUUCUGCCACAUGCAGCGACCCACAACGCACGGAUCGUCCUCGUGAAUCGCCGCGACUAUCCAGGAGCUACGCCCUACGCUCCCGAAGAGCGAAUCUUGCUCGAGGGAUGGUCCUUGCGGAAGUACGACGUACAGACCGUGAAGGACAACAUGGCACUCUUCAUGCGGCAUCGUGCCGAAGAGCUCCUGACGCUCCUCGAGGAGCUCGUUAGGGACGGCUCUGUCACGCGGGUAUCCUCGAGUCGAACCAGUGGGGGCAUCGUCGUCGCGGGCUGGUCACUCGGCAUCGUCUGGAUGUCCGCGCUCCUCGCGCACAUCUCUUCGUCGCCCCGGGCCGCGCAGCUGAAGCCCUAUUUGCGCCGGGUCGUCAUGUACGACCCCGGCAGCUUCAUGUUCAACUACCCUCGCCCCGACGACCCAUACGAGCCCUUCCUGGAGCCCGAAGCGCAAGAAAGCAGCGCGGACCUCCUCGACUGGGUCAGCGGCUACUUCGCGCACGGCGCCACCGUCGACGCGCUUGAGCGGCGAGAGCCGAUGCGCUACCCCCUCUCCAGCCUCCGCAACGUCACGCUCGAGGACCUCGAGAAGAUGAUAUGCGCGACCCCGGGCCAGAUCGGCGGGACGGACCAGAUGCUCGUAGUUGGGGGGCACAACUCCGGCUUCUUCGGCGAGCUGUGGAAGCGGGCACUAGAGCUCUCGCCGACCGAGAACUUGAACGAGAGCGCGAACGCGAAUGACGGGUGGCACGGGCUCGGCCUCCAUAUCGUAUGGUGCGACCGGUCCGUCUGGGAGUGCGUGCAUGGGGUUUGGGGUGUGCAGGCUGAGGUGGCCGAGGCGCGAGAGAAGGGCCGCGCGGUGAGGGACGUGACGUUCACCAGGAUAGAGGGUGGGAACCAUUUCGCGCACUGGGAUUACCCUAAGGAGACAUUGGCAGCAAUGCUACGGAAUGACGAGAGGCUGGCCGUUGGAGUGCUUGGAUGACUUGGGGUCUAUGGACCGAAUGACAUCUUCUCCUAGGCAUUGGUCGCAUCCGGUAAAUAUUCAUUUGUAUUAGUGUACGCUAAGUCCACAUUCAACUAGCC